AUGGAUCGGAUCAGUAGACUACCGGACGAGCUUCUUUGCCAUGUCUUGUCUUGCUUAACCACAAAGGAGGCUGCUUUGACAUCGGUUCUCUCCAAGAGAUGGCGCAACCUCUUCGCGUUUGUCCCUAAUCUCGAUCUCGAUGACUCUGUCUUUCUUCGUCCGGAAAGGGAAGGAGUUCUUGAGAGCUUCAUGGAUUUUGUGGAUAGGGUUUUGGCCUUGCAGGGCGAUUCUCCCAUUAAUAAAUUCUCCCUCAAGGUUAAAACUGGUGUUGAUCCUGAUCGUGCGAAUCGAUGGAUAUGUCUUGCGAUUAAGCGCGGUGUGUUGGUCAUGGAUCUUUGCAUCGAUUUUGAAACUAGAUAUGUCGUGCCUUUGGAAGUUUUCAUGAGCAGGACGCUGGUUAAGCUGAAGAUUACAACGUUUUCUCUUGGUUUCUGGUCUGGAGACGUUUCCUUACAUAUGCUUAAGACUCUUGCUCUUGACUCAGUUAGGUUUUCUAAAGGUCAGCUUCAGAAGCUACUCUCUGCUUGCCCAGUGCUUGAGGAACUAAACAUGGUCGAGGUACAUUUUGCAAAUUCGACUGAGACCUUGUCAAGUGCGAGCCUCAAGACUCUAACAAUCGACUGUGUCAAUUUCUUGCGUGCUUUCUCAUUCGAUACACCGAAUCUUGUUUGCUUAAACUACUCUGACUCAGAGUCGGAUGACUAUCCAUUAGUGAAUUUGCGUAGCUUAGUUGAGGCUCAUAUUAAGAUUAGAGUAUAUUAUCAGCAACUCGAUGACUUACAAACCCGAAGUGGAGAUUGGACAAAGGAUGAUAUUUACAGAUUUGGUAAUGUGCUGAAGCUUGUUCUUGGCAUAUGCCAUGUUCAGAAGCUUUACUUAUCUCAUGGUGCUUUUCAGGUGAUUGCUGUUAGCAGUCAGGCGAUGCCGGUGUUCAAUAACCUCACAUUCUUAGACAUUGAUACUAGCAUGGAUAUAGGGUGGCAAGCAAUGCCGGUUCUCCUAAGAAACUUUCCACAUCUAGACACUCUAGUCAUUACGCAACUCUUACACUGUGUCACGGAUAAAUGCGGGGAUGUAUGUAUCUGCAAAUCUCGAGAGGAGAAAGGCCGUUCGCUCAUGUCUUGUCCAGUGAAGAGGUUAGAGAUUCGAGAGUUUGAUGGACUCACCAGAGAUUUAGAGAUGGUAAAGCAUUUCUUGGAUUAUCUUCCGUGUUUGAAGGAGAUGGAGAUCUAUAUUGCAAAGCGUCACCGGUUCACAGCUCCGUUAGUGUCGGAAUUUAACCCGGAGAUGUUGACGCGUUACAAUGAUUUAUCGGGUCGCAGUCCCAAUGUUAAGUUCAAGGUGCACGGUUCCUUGCCUUGGAUUGCACAAUGA